AUCUGACUUGUUAAAUUUGACUCUUUGAAACCCAAAUCAUCUACACAUUCACUCUUCCGACAAACUGAGAGAGAAGGAGAGGGUAAGAUGGCGAUGAGGCGUGCUAUUGCUUGUGCUCUUAAGAAAUCUGUGACGGCUACUUCCACAAAUCUAACUUCAUUUUCUUCCCCUUUCUCCAGGAAUCUUCAUAGUUCUUCAGAUAGCAAGAAAAUUGUGGGUGUUUUUUACAAAGCAAAUGAAUAUGCAUCAAUGAAUCCCAACUUUGUGGGUUCUGUAGAAGGUUCCCUUGGGAUACGAGAUUGGCUAGAGUCACAGGGUCACCAUUAUAUUGUUACAGAUGACAAAGAUGGCCCAGAUUCUGAACUUGAGAAGCAUAUUUCAGAUCUCCAUGUCCUUAUAACGACGCCUUUUCAUCCUGCUUAUGUCACUGCUGAAAGGAUCAAAAGAGCAAAGAACUUGGAACUUUUGCUCACUGCUGGAAUUGGUUCGGACCACAUUGAUCUGAAGGCUGCAGCAGCGGCUGGUCUAACUGUUGCAGAGGUAACUGGAAGCAAUGUUGUCUCCGUUGCAGAAGAUGAGUUGAUGAGGAUUCUCAUUCUCGUCAGAAACUUUGUGCCUGGAUACCAGCAAGCUAUUAAUGGGGAGUGGAAUGUUGCUGGUAUUGCUUACCGAGCUUAUGACCUUGAGGGCAAGACCAUUGGCACUGUUGGUGCAGGAAGAAUUGGCAAGCUUUUGCUUCAGAGGUUGAAGCCUUUUAACUGUAAUCUUCUCUAUCAUGAUCGUAUCCAGAUGGACCCAGAAUUAGAAAAUCAGACAGGAGCCAAGUAUGAGGAGGAUCUUGUGAAGAUGCUUGGCAAAUGUGAUGUAGUUGUCAUCAACACUCCUCUUACUGAGAAAACCAAAGGAAUGUUCAACAAAGAGCUGAUUGCAAAGAUGAAAAAGGGAGUGCUAAUUGUAAACAAUGCUCGAGGAGCAAUUAUGGAUACCCAAGCUGUUGUUGAUGCUUGCUCAAGUGGUCACAUCGGAGGAUACAGUGGAGAUGUUUGGUAUCCGCAACCUGCUCCAAAGGAUCAUCCUUGGCGACAUAUGCCAAACCAUGCCAUGACUCCACAUAUUUCUGGAACAACUAUUGAUGCGCAGUUGCGUUAUGCUGCUGGUGUUAAGGAUAUGCUUGACAAUUACUUCAAAGGAGAAGACUUUCCUCCUCAAAACUACAUUGUUAAGGAAGGUGAAUUGGCACCCCAAUAUCGCUAAUUAUAAUGUUCGUAGACACCGCUGGUCCCAUCGAAAUAACCAGACAUCUAAUGAUAAGAAUCCAUAUCAUAAUGAAUGCACCUAAGUGUUAGUUUGUCAUGUUGGAAUGAGUUAUAGGCCUGACUUCUAAAAGUCCAGCUCUUUGUUGGUUAGUAGAUCAAAAGUCAGCUUCUUAUUAAUGCUUGAAGCUAUAUGUCAAACUAUGUGGAAUAAUUAUUUGCAUUGCUGUCUAUGACUACGAGUAAAAGUUUAUGAUUGGA